GGUUUCUAUUUUCUCUGAGUGAUGUGAAAUGCUCGUGUAACGGAAACGAUGCAGAAGAUUCUGUGCAAAAGUACCACUUCUUCAACCCCUGUUCUCUCUACUCCGGUGAACUCUUUCGCCGCCGGUUUCAUCUCUCUAGGGUUUAAGACCCCCGUCAAAAAACUCACUCCUUGUUCCAUUCCCAAACCUCUCUCCACUUGUUUCUUCUCUACUUCAGCUAUGCCGACGAGAACGGCUUCUGUUUCUUCAGGCGGUGUUGGUUUCUCUGCUUAUCUACAGAGGAGUGUCCAUAAACCGGCGCCGGCGUCGGUACGGUUCUCAACAGCUGCUUACCGGACUUUCCGGUGUUCAAUCGACGGUACGAACCGGGCUUGGGUUGGUCGAACCGGGACUUGGCGUGCGUUGUUUUGCUCAGACUCUACUGGUGGCUUAACCCCGGUUAAUGCUACUGCUGGAGCUGUGGUUGAGAGUGAGGGAGAGUCUGACGGAGAAGAUGAAGAGGAGAAAGAUAAUGAUUCGACGGAUAAGGUUGAGAAGCCAGUGAGGAUGAGCCGUAGAAAUCGGAGCUCUAAUGGAAGUGGUGAAUUUGUUGGUAAUCCAGAUUUGCUUAAGAUUCCUGGAGUUGGUUUAAGGAAUCAGAGAAAGCUUGUUGAUAAUGGCAUUGGAGAUGUUGCAGAGCUCAAGAAGCUCUAUAAAGAUAAGUUUUGGAAAGCAAGUCAGAAGAUGGUUGAUUAUCUUAGGAGCUCUGUUGGGAUUAUACAUAGGAACCAUGCGGAGAGUAUAACAACGUUUAUUAAAGAGAGUGUGGAUGAUGAGUUAAAGGAUUCUGGCCCUGAACCUAAUGUAAAUGUGAAGAAACGUUUGACGUUUUGUGUUGAAGGGAACAUUAGUGUUGGUAAAUCAACUUUUCUUCAGAGGAUAGCGAAUGAGACGGUUGAGUUACAAGACCUUGUUGAGAUUGUUCCUGAGCCUGUUGAUAAGUGGCAAGAUGUUGGGCCUGACCAUUUCAAUAUAUUGGAUGCUUUCUACUCUGAGCCUCAGAGGUAUGCUUAUACUUUCCAGAACUAUGUGUUUGUCACUCGGCUGAUGCAGGAGAAAGAGUCUGCUUCUGGGGUUAAACCUCUCAGGUUGAUGGAAAGGAGUGUCUUCAGUGACAGAAUGGUGUUUGUGCGUGCGGUUCAUGAAGCGAAAUGGAUGAAUGAGAUGGAGAUCAGCAUCUACGACUCUUGGUUUGAUCCGGUUGUCUCUUCUUUACCUGGACUUGUUCCUGAUGGGUUUAUAUACCUAAGGGCAAGUCCUGACACUUGCCACAAGCGGAUGAUGCUCAGGAAACGAGCAGAAGAAGGUGGAGUCUCGCUGAAAUACCUCCAAGAUUUGCACGAGAAGCACGAGAGCUGGCUGCUCCCGUUUGAGAGUGGAAACCAUGGUGUAUUGUCUGUUAGUAGGCCAUCUUUACACAUGGACAACUCUCUGCAUCCUGAUAUAAAAGACCGUGUCUUUUACUUGGAAGGAAAUCAUAUGCAUUCUAGUAUCCAGAAGGUCCCUGCUCUGGUUUUGGACUGUGAACCUAAUAUCGACUUCAGCAAGGAUACUGAAGCAAAGAAACAGUAUGCACGCCAAGUUGCUGAGUUCUUUGAAUUUGUGAAGAAGAAGCAAGAAACAUCUACAGAAAAGAGCAACAGUCAGUCACCGGUACUGCUACCGCAUCAGAAUGGCGGUCUCUGGAUGGGACCAGCAGGCAAUCAUGUCCCGGGAUUAGAACUCCCGCCUCUAGAUCUCAAGUCCCUCCUCACCAGACCGUCUGCGUGACUGUCCAUUCUCUGACUCUGUUUUUGUUCGCUCCUAGGGAGCGUGUCAGGUUGUCGAAUGUCAAUAGUUUCGAUCGGCUUUUAUAUCGUUUGUUUAGGAAAAAACGUUAUCUGCCGCUUUUGUUCAUCUUAGAUGUAGAAACGAAACAUGUUCGUACCGUUUAGUUUAACCCUUUUGUAUAAAAGUUUGAUCUCUGG